AUGGCCCAGGCAGACGACGGCCUGAGUGCCGUGCUCGCCGAGGAGGAGCCCGCGUCAGACUUGUUCGAGGAGGAGUUCGAGGAGGACGACGACGAGGAGGACGAGAAUUCGCGCCACCGCCGCCACAGGGAUCGCGAAGCGCUGCGCUGCCUCGUCGGGCUGCUUCCCGGCUUCGAGGACUGUCACCUGGUCGGCCGCGACGGGAUCGGCUUCGUGCGCUUCGCCAGCGCCGACGAGGCGAAGGCCGCCUGCUCACUGCUCUCUGCCUUUGUUGUCGAUCCGGCAGCAGAGCCGCCCCGGCCGCUGAUGGCGGAGGUGGCGAGGCGGGAGCUGGAGAGCCGCGUGCCUCGGCCGCGCUCGCGAGACACGCUCUGCAUCCGCGGCUUCGACCCGGCCGCAGGCGGCGGCUGGGUGAGGGAGCUGCUUCAGCGGAGCUGCGUCGGCCUCGGCUCGGUCAACUUUGUCUCUGCGGGGGGCGGGCACGCGAGGGCAGGCGUCGCCUUCGCUCUCUUCCGCUCGCCGGCCGACGCCGCGCGCGCCAUCCCCUUCCUCCGCUC